AUGUCUGCACUGUGGCUGCUUCUGGGCCUUCUGGCCCUGACCGACUUAUCUGAAAGCAGCAACUGGGGUUGCUAUGGAAACAUCCGAACCCUGUCUACCCCAGGAGCAUCUUGUGGGAUUGGAAGACGUUAUGGCCUGACCUACUGCGGAGUUCGUGCUUCUGAAAGGCUGGCUGAGAUGGACAUGCCAUAUCUGGUGAGAUAUCAACCCAUAAUGCGAAAUGUUGGCCGGAGAUACUGCGUGGAUCCUGCAGUGAUUGCUGGUGUCUUGUCCAGGGAGUCUCAGGGUGGCAAUGUUCUGGUCAACGUGGGCAGUGCUGGUGAUGGAGUCAGAGACUCAAACUUUUAUGCUCCCACAUCCUGGAUCAGUGAGCCCCAGGUUUCCCAGGCAACUGAGGUUCUGACUGCUAGAAUCAAAGAAAUCCAGACCAGGUUUCCAACCUGGACCCCUGACCAGUACCUGAGAGGUGGUCUCUGUGCCUACAGUGGGGGUCCGGGCUUUGUCAGAAGCAGCCAGGACCUGAGCUGUGACUUCUGCAAUGAUGUCCUCGCAAGAGCCAAAUACUUCAAGCAACAUGGCUUCUAG